AUGAAGUUCAGAAAACGCCCUUCUCCUUUGCUCCUUCUCCUUCUCCCCUCGUUGGUCUCGGCGCUCGCUGUCGCCGCCCAGGACAGCACCGUCCAGUCGACUCUCGCCAAAAACACAGACGCCAAAGAUUCUUCCAAAGGAGACUCCGAAGCACGGGGAGUCGACCUAAAUACAAAAUCGAAAUUCGAGAUAGGAACGAAAGAUGCGCCAGUAGACGGAAAGGAUGGAAAGCCGCAUGCUGGCCCUUGGGUUGGCACUGAGAAAGAUUCAAAGAAACCAGAUUCUGACAAGCCUGCAACGAAAAAAGAAGACGCCGAAUUAGUGCUGGAUGCGAAGAAGGACCCGAAGCAGGAAUCGACACAGGUCGGUCCUGGUGGCACCAAGAUACCGCUUUCCAAUGAUGGUGUGAUGGAUGACCACAAUCGAGCGGUACCAAAAACAGGAACUACUGGCACAGAAGGUGGCGUGAGCGAGAAGGAUAAGGCGCGGAAAGCACAAGAAGGUCAGACAGGAGAGAAGGUGGAGAAGACGCCAGAUUCUCCAAAGACAGCGCCUCCACUACCCCAUAGUGAGCAGACCAAGGUGGAGAAGGUAAAGGAAAAGGAGAAGGAAAAGGAGAAGGAAAAGGAGAAAGACAAGAGUAAGAGCAAGGAUGGUGGUGAUAGUGAUCAUGACACUACAGCGGAGGGGUUAGCAGGAAUUGAGAAACCAAAAGACCUCCCGGACAAGACCAAUAAGCUUCCAAAUCCAAUCCCCGGCUCGGCGGACAAGAAUCACCUCGAUGUUAAUACUGGUUCAGCCAAAGACCCCUCUAAGUUUGCCAGUGUGGGAGAAGAGGGCAACGAAGGGAUCAUUCAACCCCUACACUCCUAUGUCCUCUCCCUGACCAUGAUCCUCUUUUCCGAAAUAGGCGACAAGACGUUUCUGAUCGCAGCCCUCAUGGCCAUGAAACAUGACCGUCUCCUCGUCUUCAGCGCAGCCUUUUCCGCCCUGCUCGUCAUGACCGUCCUAUCCGCCGUUCUCGGCCACGCAGUCCCAACCUUGAUUCCCGAACGCUUCACACACUUCCUCGCCGCAGGACUAUUCCUCGUCUUUGGCGGCAAGAUGCUAAAGGAAGGAUUAGCAAUGGACAAAGAAGAGGGCGUAGGCGCAGAAAUGCAGGAAGUGGAAAUGGAGCUCGAAGAAAAGGAAAAUGAAGCGCGGAAACAAAACCGUAGACGCUCGUCGAUCUCUCCUUAUGCUUUGGAAAUGGGACUGGGACGAAAAGCUAGCACGAGGAAAUCACGCUCUGGGUCCCGUCUUCCUUCGCCUCCUCGUUCCCCAUCUUCAUCUCCUGACCGUUCUGUCUCACCAAAGCGAUCAAAUUUCAAAGGCGCUAUGUCAGGUUUGACCAAUUUGUUUAGCCUAUUGCUCAGUCCGGCGUGGGUACAGACAUUCGUCAUGACAUUUCUGGGCGAGUGGGGUGAUCGUAGUCAAAUCGCUACUAUUGCUAUGGCUGCGGGCGCGGAUUACUGGUGGGUUACUGGUGGUGCUGUGAGUGGGCAUGCUGUGUGUACAGGUGUGGCUGUUAUUGGGGGACGCGCUAUUGCUGGGAGAGUUAGUUUGAGAGUUGUCACGUUAGGCGGCGCAGUAGCCUUCCUAAUCUUCGGUGUCAUCUACCUAGCCGAAGCCCUCUACGCAGCAUGA